GUCCUCACAUAACUGCCGCCCAGCCUUGAUUAUUAUGCUUUAUGAUAAUCUCAGUUAACUCCUUUUUCAUCUGACAGGAUGGCCCUAUCGUGACUGCUGCCUUAGGGCAUUUCUUUCUGCUAUAAUGUCCAUACCCGCAAGCAAAGUCCCUUCAACUACCUCAGUUACUACAACUGAAAAAGAAGCAGAAGCCCGUCCAGCCGGCGCCAGUUCUUCUGAAACCUCUUGGGAGAUACAUGCAGAUGAUUUCACCAAAGAGUUAUCCUGUGCUAUAUGUCUAGAGCUGUUUAAGGAGCCUGUCAUUCUGCCCUGUGGCCAUAACUUCUGCAAAGAUUGUCUAGAGGCAGUAUGGGGGAAAAAGGGAGUCUUCUGUCCACAAUGCCAUGCGAGCGUUCCAGAGCGAAAGUUCAUAGCAAACAAAACACUGGAGAAAAUGGCGGAUAGGAUUAAGACCUUUCAUGUGGGGUGCCUGCAACAGAAGUGCAUAGAACACAGUGAGCCAUACACCCUCUAUUGGAAGCCGCAAGAAAAGCUAGCCUGCUUCAGUUGCCGAGAAUCUCAACAGCCCAAAGAACAAAGCACCCAGUUUCUCCUUAUCCCAGAUGCUGUGCAGAUUUAUACGGAAAAACUGCUCAUGAUGAGAAUGCACCUCAGGUCCAUCAUGGUGAAACUCGAGAUGCUGAAAAAUGCUCAGGAGGAGAAGAUUUCUAGUCAUAAAGAGAACAGAUUGCAAUUUCAGUACCAUAUUUCUUUGGAAUUUCUAAAACUGCACCAGUUUCUUCAUGGCAAGGAGAAAAUGUAUAUCAAUCAGUUAAAAGAAGAGGGUGAAAUUCUCCUCCAAGAAAUGGAGGCAAAUCUAAACAAACUCCAAGACCAAACACAGAGCGCUAAGGAUACCCUGGUCUGCAUCCAGGCCCGUCUGUACCAGCAGAAUUCUGCUGGCUUCCUGAAAGGAAUAAAAGCUUUCUUGGAAAAGAUGGAACAGAAAACGGAAAAUUCAUCUCUGGGUGAACUAGUGAUCGGAACUCUGAAUGCCGGGGACUACAAAGGGCCCAUACAUUAUGCCGUAUGGAAGGAAAUGAAAUCCAUCCUCAGCCCAGACAUUUCCUUCCUGACCCUGGACCCCAAAACAGCACAUCCAAACUUGGUUCUCUCUGAGAGGAUGACCUCCGUGAGACAUACUGACACAAAGCUAGUUUUGCCGGAUAUUCCAGAGAGAUUUGACUGCAGCGUUUCUGUCCUGGCGUCUGAAGGGUUCACCACUGGGAGACACUACUGGGAAGUGGAGACAUGGAAGAAGACCAAAUGGACCUUGGGGGUUGUGAGAGAGAGCAUUAACCGUAAAGGGAACUACCCACUGUCACCCAAAGAGGGCCACUGGCUUAUAAAGCUAAGGAAUAGCAGUGAGUUCAAAGCUAUAGACAUGGAAGCAAAAACUCUGGCCCUGAGCCAAAUUCCCACUAGAAUUGGGGUGUUCUUGGAUUACGAGGGCGGCCAGGUAUCCUUUUAUAAUGCAGACAAUAUGUCUCACAUCUACACUUUCAUGGACAACUUCGCAGAGAAACUCUACCCAUACCUUUGUCCAUGUCUGAACGACGCAGGACAAAACAGUGAGCCCCUGAGACUUGUUGCUUUUCACUUAUAGAGGCAGGGUGAGAAGGAUCACCAUGUGUAAAAUAGAUCUCUUUCACCCUGAGCUAUUAGAUGCAGACAACUCUCA